AUGUCUCAGGACCCCCAAUCCCGUAAAUCCUCCGUUUCUAGUCUUGAUGAGGAUGACUAUGAGAAAAUCUUCAACUCUGAUGACCAGGAUGCUUCUGUAGAUCAAAAUCCAGAUUUCAAGACACCAACUAAACAAGGAAAUAGAAACAGUAAAAAUGAAUCCUCAAAAAUCCAAGAGCUUGAAGCGCUUGUCCGUCAACUUCAAGAAAAAGUUGGCAUCCAGGAAAAUGAAUUUUUCGAUAUUUCAGUGGAGAAUACGUUGUUGAGAGAUCAAAUGAAGGAGAAGGAGUGGGAGUCAGAAAACGUCAUCUAUGCUCUUCGCAACCAAAUCUCCACUCAAGACACCAAAAUUCUGGACCUCCAACAAGAAUGUGAGGGAUACAAAGAGGAGUGGAGUCGUCAGUAUCUGAAAAUAAUGCAACUGGAGGAUGAGAAAGCGAGAAACAAGAAAUCUCACGAGUUUUUUGUGAGAGACUUGAAUCGGAAGGAUUUGAAAGUUGUCUAUUACCAGAGGGAUCAGUUCGAGGCGUUGGAAGCAGAGAAUCGGAAAUUGAAGGAGAAAAUUGGGAAUCUGGAGGGGGAUCUGAUGAUGGAACGGAUGCAAAUGGCGAGGAUUUGUCAGCAGAAGAUUAGAAAUGAGGAAUCCUCCAAUGAAAACGGAAAUCUGGAAAUUUACAAAAAACAAUACAACCUGGCAGACCUCCAACUGAAACUCACUGACAAAGACGCUUCCAUCAAACUACUCCAGCAUAAAAUCGAAAAUCUGGAGAUGGAAUUAGCCAACGAGACAAGGAAAGUACUCCGACCAUCAGUUGUUAUCCAGCAUAACAAGAUUCUUCAAGAAAAAUUGGACCGGUUGAAACAGAAAUUCCAGAAAAAGAAGCAGUAUGUGGAGCGAAUUUUGAACAAUCUGAAAUUCAGUGUGCAGGAGAAAAUUGAGAGAUUGGAGGUGGUUAUAGAGGAGGCGGAAGAGGAGGAAGCUACAGUAACCCGGGUUACUGUAGUCGAGGAAAAGGUCAAGGAGAAGGAGAUGAUGGAGGGCAAGAAAUGA